UCCAAAGAGAAGUCUAAAAUUCAGAAAAAGCGCAAGAAAAAGUCUGAUAUCUCUCAAUCAACAGAAAUUGACGAGGAAUUAAGCUUACAGGACGUCGUGGAGUUAGGAGGAGAUGAGGCAGAUUAUCAGCUUCUUAAAGAGGUUGAUGAUGAGGAUGACAUUUUGAUUCUUGGAGGCAUUGCUUCGGAGCAAGAUGAGGUUAAGGAGAAUGAGUUGAAAAAUUUCAUAAAAGAACUUGGUCUUCAAUCCUUUAAAAAUCAAUAUAAAUCAAAGACGGUCGUUGACAAUAAUAACACAAUUGUUUCGGAGAAGAAUAAAACCAGUACAAAUGAGGAACCAAAAUCUAAAAAGUCCCAGAAAAAGAAAAAUAAGAAUGAAGAUGGCAUACAGUCACAUGAAAAUGUCAUUAAUGCCGUCAAUGAGGUGAAAAUGAAAGAUAAGCUGUUGUUUCAUCCACUUGGAAGAUGGUUUGAACAGUCAUCGUUAGAAUCACCUGUGGUAAAAAAUAGCAAAGAUCUGGAGGGAAGUUUCGUUGACAAUACAAAGCAAAUGGCAGAAAAACUUUUGGAAAACGAAUCAACUGUUUACAGAAAAGAAAAGGAACGAACAAAACCCUCAGACGUGGAAUGGCUGAAGAAUGUGACAAACUCUGGAACACUUGGUGAUAAAGUCGCGGCGUUGGCGAUACAAAUUCAGGAUUCACCAUUACAUCAUCUUAAGACGCUGGAUGUGUUGCUGAAUAUGGCCAACAAAAAAGGACGAAGGGAAUGCUUGAUCGCAAUUGAUACUUUGAAAGAUUUGUGGCUUGUGAACUUGUUACCAAACGACCGAAAAUUAAAACGAUUUUCAGAGUUUCCACUGAAAUCUGCUCCCCAGAAAACGAACCAGGGCGGUCGUGAUGCCUGGAACAGAAAAUUGAUUGUCUGGUAUUUUGAAGAUCAACUCAAAAAACGAUACGAAAAUUUUGUUCUUGGUUUGAAGAGAUUGCUUCAUGAUAAUCUUGAAAAUGUGCGCAACAAAGUUUUAGGUGUUGUUUAUGAACUACUUGUUGAAAAGCCCGAACAAGAAAAGGCAUUGUUGUUGUAUUUGGUGAAUAAAGUUGGGGAUCCGAACAGGAAAAUCGCGUCAAAAGCUGGUCACCUCUUGGGCUGUUUAGUCCAAAAGCAUCCAAACAUGAAGAUGAUUAUUACACAAGAGGUGGAGCGGUUGCUGUAUAGACCUAAUAUUGGUUUGAAAGCUCAAUACUAUGCUGUUUGCUUUUUGAACCAGCUUAUAUUGUCAAAGAAAGAUAGUUCGCUGGCAAGCAACUUGAUUACGAUAUAUUUCAGUCUUUUUAAGGCUUUUGUAGAUAAGGGACAAGUUGAGACGAAGAUGCUAAGUGCUUUACUCUCUGGAGUUUCCAGGGCAUUUUAUUAUGUUAAAGAUGACGAAGAUCAGUUUAGUGAGCAAGUAAACAUGCUUUUCAGGGUCGUGCACAUCACCUCAUUUAAUACAAGUGUCCAGGCAUUGAUGUUGCUGUUUCAAGUUAUGGAUUCUAGGCAGUCGAUGUCUGAUCGCUUUUACCAAGCUUUAUAUGCAAAACUUCUUGAUCCACAUUUGAGAAUGUCGUCCAAACAGGCAAUGUUCCUGAAUGUUAUCUAUAAGUCUCUAAAAAUCGAUACUUCUUUGAAGAGAGUUAAAGCUUUUGUAAAACGUCUCCUGCAAGUGUGUUCAACUCAAACGCCAGCAUUUGUGUGCGGAGUCUUAUAUUUAUUAUCAGAGGUUGGAAAAGUCAAACCUGGGAUUAAAAGUCUUGUCACUCAGCCUGAGGAACUCGACGAGGAAGAACAUUUUACAGAUGUCAUUGACCCAGAAGAUGCUGAAAGUGCCUCUUCUCUCCCUUCAAAUGACGUCAGCAAACAACCAAACGCUGUCCACGAGACAUCUUCCCAAGGUCACGUGUUUGUUGAUUCGCCGCACACGUCAGGUUACCAAGCCAAUGCACGAAAUCCGCUGUACAGCGGUGCAGAUAAUUCAUGUUUAUGGGAAGUUAUGAAGUUGUCGAGGCAUUAUCAUCCUUCCGUGUCUCGCUUUGCUCAAAAUCUUUUGCAGGGUGAAAGUAUCUCAUACGAUGGCGAUCCAUUAUCUGAUUUUACUCUCAUGAGAUUUCUGGAUAGAUUUGUCUAUAAGAAUCCAAAGAAGAAGGUUCAAGACCAUGGUGGUUCCCUUAUGCAGCCUAAGACAAUUUCUCAAAGACAGUUUGAACAACCAGUCAACACCACCGCAUUCUUGAACAAGAAGGAAGAAAGCGUACGUGAGGAUGAGAUUUUCUUUUAUAGAUAUUUCAAACAGAAAGCAGUAGAAGAUGAAAAAGAAAAGAAGAAUGUUGAAAAAGAUGAUGCAAGUGAAGAAGACGACGAGACAUUGGGCGGCUUUGGUGAUGAGAUUACGAUGGAUUUCGCUGGAGAAUUCCAAAAAUCCAAGACCAGCAAACAGGGAAAAAAUAAAGAAUAUGGCGACUCUGACGAAGAAGAUAUGCUGGACGAUGAAGAGUUCGACUACAAUGAUAUGCAAUUCUCAGAAGAUGAAAUGGAGGAUUCAAAUGACGAGAAGAAAAAAUAUAGUGAGAAAGAUUAUGAAAAGGCGUUGUUAGAGAACCUGAGCUCAGAUGAAUUCAGCGAUGAUGGUGAUGACAAUUCUUCACCGAAGAAGAAAAAGAAGUUCGAGUCUUCUGAGGAUACGUCAAUGUUUGCUGAUGCAGAAGAGUUUGCUCAUUUAUUGGAGGACUCUGGUGGUUUUACACAAGGAGGAAGUGAAGAUGUGGACAUGAGAGGUGUAAGCUGGAAACAGCAGCAGUGGGAAAUGAACAGAAUGCAUCAAAACAGUUCUAGGAGGAAUAAAUUUCGAGGUGGUAAGAAUCGCGGGAAGGGCUCUCGGAAUUUAGGACAGGGUUCGCUCGGCCUCGGAAAAUCCUCGAGAAAUUUUGGGGAAGGUCGAAAAGAAUUCGGUAAUGGGAGGAGAAAGCCGCGUGAUAUAGGAAGUAAACGGAAAACCCCGAGAAGAAAAGGAAAAUAGUUUACCCACAUGUAAUAUAUGCGAUUAUUGUAAACAUGCAUUAAAUACUUAGUUACUUAAGUUAAUGACACCCCACGAGAAACUCGGAGUCUCAGACCUGAUUCGGCUAUUUUGCACAGUACGGUGUGAGUGCGUAGAUCAGCGUUCGGUUAAAGAUUUCCAUUUAGUGAAAAAUUGUCGAGCGAUCAAUCGACUUUUUGCGAUCGCUUUCCUUUGAAAUAUAGACAAUGAAGCGGAAGACAAUGAAAAAACGAUCGACUGCCCUUCAGCCUGUUUUCCACUAGACGGUGUUUUGCGUGCAAGCGGAAUUUUUCUUUGUUUUUUUGCGUGAGAGCGCGCAGACAAUGAAAAAUUCCGUUCCGCGCGCAAAAUUCCGCCUAGUGGAAAACAGCCGUUAGAUAAGCAUGCGCAAGUCAGGCAGUUACUUUAUUCAUGAGGUUGUGGGAAAGUGUUGUUGUUUUUUUCAAAAAUUCCAUUGUGAAAUCCUUUUCAUCCAGACGCUUUCGCUGGACUGAAAGCCUAACAAGAGGAAAAUUUCUACUGCUACAGACAAGGUUAAUAAUAUUUCCAUUUUUUUUAAAAAAAUGUAUUUGUUUGGUGUAUUUACUCUCAAACGUUGUUGUCAAGUUCGGCAACGAGAAAUAAUUGCUGUUCUCAGCACUUUACACGUCUGACUUUAGACUAUGGCAUCGCUCAAAUAAUGCUUGAAUACCUAAGCUUAAAUUAAUACGUCUUACAAGGUUACGAGAGCUAAAGGCGAAGGGUUUUCCUUAAAUAAUUUUAAAUGCCAAAAUAGA